AUGAUAAUGCAAUGCAAACCUGGCCCAAUCUUUAUUCUUAUUCGUCCAAUAUUAUAACAAAUUAUGGUUAUCUAUUAAAGUGAAGAGUUAAAGAAACAAUGUAGCUAACAUCAUAUUUUGCACCACCUUUGAAUUUUAAGAAAAUGGUUAGAAACUAUGGUUUCCUUGUCUGCCUUGUUGUUAUUGUCAUGGAUGUUGUUGCUGGCAUACUUGGAAUUCAAGCAGAAAUAGCUCAAAACAAGGUGAAGGAUUUGAAGAUGUGGGUGCUUGAGUGUAGAGACCCAAGCUAUGAAUCUUUCAAGCUAGGACUCGGUGCUUCCAUUCUCUUGGCCUUGGCUCAUGCAACUGCUCACUUGCUUGGGGGGUGCAUUUGCAUAAAGUCCAAAGAAGAAUACAAAAGAGCCACAUCCAAUAGGCAAUUAGCAAUGACUUUCCUCGUUUUCUCAUGGAUAGUAUUAGGAGUUGCAUUCUCCAUGCUAAUCAUAGGCACAUUAGCCAACUCAAGAUCAAGAGAAUCGUGUGGAAUAUCAAAUCAUCGUUUUUUAUCCAUUGGAGGGAUUUUAUGUUUCAUUCACGGAUUGUUUACGGUUGCCUAUUAUGUUUCGGCAACGGCCACAAAAAGAGAAGAAUACAAGUGACGGAAUUCUUUAUAAUUUGGUGCGUAAUUGUAUUAUUAUUUUUUUAAAACAAUUUACUACAUGUCACUAGAUUUGGUGAGCGACCGAAGUAAUAUGCUAGAGUUCCUAUGUUUGAUUCUCAAUUUCAUUGUAAAUGAAAAAAAUUACUACAAAAUAUUUAUUCAUUUAACGAGAUGGAUG